UCGCAGCGGCUGUGGCGACGCGCUCGGAAAGAUCACGCUUGGGGGGAGCUUGCAGCCGCGAGGAGCCGACGCCGGAGCCGCCUGCCCGCCUCUCUCGCGGAGCAGGCUGCGGAAAGGGACGAGCGAAGGGGGGCCUGAUUUGUUACCAGCGAAGCAGCGCAGCGCAUGGAUCUCGGGGUCCUUCGCUGCAGACGCCAAGCGAACUGAGCGCCGCCACCAAGUCUUGCUUCCUGCAAGAGAGCAUUUCUUGUCUUUUUUUGCAAAGGCGGCUGUUUUCCGCAGGCAGGUUGCAGGGACCGCUGCGUGGAGCUGGGAUUUUUUUUUUUUUUUAUCAUUUUGUAUGUUUGCAAUGCUGCGAUCCUGGUGCCUCGUGGGGCUACUCGUAGCUUACACAUCUGGAAAGAAGCUUUGGGAUGUCCCCGUUUCUCAGGAGGAACAGGCCAGCCCUGGAAAGCUACGGUGGGAACCCCAGUGCCAGUAUCAGUUGCGCCACCUACAGGAUGGUGCCAGAAUUUCAGCUCUUUUGCCUCCUCGUUUGGAAGGUCACUGGAUUUCAACAGGGUGUGAGGUUCGGCCAGGACCAGAAUUCCUCACCCGUUCCUAUAUAUUCUAUGCCAACCGUCUCUUCAAAGCUUAUCAGUUCUACUACCGAGACGCUUCUUGCCGGGACCCCACCUACUCCCUAGUCAUCAAAGGCAAAAUCCGGCUCCGCCAGGCCUCCUGGAUCACCCGUGGUGCUACAGAAGCUGACUACCAUCUUCACAAAGUCGGCAUCGUCUUCCACAGUCAACAGGCCAUGCAGGAAACAGUUGCCCGUAUCAACCAGACGUCGGGAGAGCAGUGCAGUGGAUUCUUGUCACCUGGGCGGACUUGGACACCAGGUGUCCUCUAUGAGCUUCUGAGUGCCAAAGCAGAGCGGGAUUGCACAGCCGGCCUGGGCUUUGCCAUGCAUGAACUGAGCUUGGUACGGGUGGAGAAGUACGAACAGCCCUUGCUGCUCCAGAAGAACCAGGGCAGCAGGGCAGUGGAGGAGCUGUACCUGGGGGACAUCCACACAGAUUGGUCAGAGAGGCUCCAUUAUCGGCCAACAGGAUACCAGCGCCCCCUGCAGAAUGCCAUGCACCACAUCCAUCCUUGCCCUGCCUGUGGGAUUAUAUACAGAGCGGAUGAACAUCACCCACCCAUACUUCCAGUCAGGCCUGAUCUCCCAAUGCUGCUAAGUGGGCGCUGGGUGAGUUCUCGGUGUGAGGUGCGGCCAGCAGUGCUUUUCCUCACAAGGUACUUCACUUUCCACGGCAGCAACCGCACCUGGGAAGGGUACUAUUACCACUACUCUGACCCCCUCUGCAAACAACCGACUUUCACUGUGUACGCUUCAGGCCACUACACUGAAGGAGGCCCAUCCCUCAUUGUGAGAGGAGGCACAGAGCUUGUCUUCAAGGUGACCCAUGCUCGGGUUACACCAAUGGAUCAGGUAACCGUAGCAAUGCUGAACUCCUCUGACUUUGGAAGCUGUGGGGAGCCUGGCUCUUGGAGCGUUGGGACAGAGUUGGAUGUGACUCAUACAAAUGGAUGUGCGGCCUUGGGCAUUCGACUCCCCCACAUUGAGUAUGAACUCUUCAAAAUCGAGCAGGACACCAAAGACCGUAUCUUGCUGUUCAUCGGUGAGAGGCCGACAGAUGGAUCCAGCCCCAACACACCUGGCAAACGGCCCACCUCUUACCAGUCGCCGCUCAUCCAGUGUGCUGGGCCCUCAGGCACUUUCUUGAGACACAUUAAGCCAAACUACCUGGGAAGAUUAGAUGAUUACCUUAACAGUGCAGCGCUAAAGCUGCGGCCCAGGGCAUUUUUACUAGCAUUUCUAGUCCUGUUGCUUGUCAGGUGGGACUAAAACUCCGACAUUUUUAGUCAGGGGUUGCAUGGAAUCUGACCAGCUUAAAGUGCCCUCUUGAGGACAAGUACAUCUGAAAUCUGUUUCAUUUUGUGCCUUACAGAUAUGUGCAGGGUUUUUUGUUCUUUUCUUAAUGAUGAGCCAUGCCCAAAGGGGUGGGGAUUUCCCCCCUCACUCCCAUUCGUAUGUGCCUAAGGAGAGACAUGCAACUCUGAACCAGCAUUCACAGCUGCUUAACCAGGUUUUUUAAAAAAAGAUUACUGUAACUGUACCAAAUAUACACAUACCUUGCCUGUUC